CAGCCUAAGCAAGUUCAGGACAUCAAGCAGUUCCUCGAGAUCGCCCGCAGAAAGGACGCCAAGUCCGGCCGUAUCAAGAAGAACGGCAGCCAGACAAAGUUCAAGGUUCGCUGCUCCCGCUACUUGUACACCCUCGUCAUCAACGAUGCCGCCAAGGCUGAGAAGCUGAAGCAGUCUCUCCCUCCCAGU